UAAAUCGAGCCUUCAAAGACGAGCCUUCAAAGACCUGCCCACUCGUUUCCCCGGCUCCGGCGGAAACACCGCGAGAUCAGCUGACUUGAACUCUUCUACUUCCUCAAAUUGUAAACAUUGGCUGUCGCAGGCUAGUGUUACUUUACAAGUUCUGGGCGACGCACGGUGUGUUAAAUCGUUCAUAUAACAUAAUGUGACGUUUUGUACGAAGCUACAAAGCGGCUGUGAGCGGGAAAAAGCUGCACCGAAGAAGCUCUGAGGGUUUGUCUGCAGUGUGGGAAUGGGUUACAUUCCUCUCUGGUCCAAAUGGAGAAUAAAGGGAGCGACGAGGUGGAAAAAUUGAAGACAAAGUUCUUGUCAGUGUGGCACAAUGUGAAGUACAGUUGGGCUCUGAAGUCUAAGACCUCAUUCAGUAGAAAUUCCCCUGUGCUUCUUCUGGGGAAAUGUUACCACUUUAAGGCUGAAGAUGACGACAGUCUCACAGAAGAAGCCUGCUAUGAAGCCUCUGAUGAGGACUUCGUCAUGGGGAACGUGGAGGCUUUCCGGAAGGAUUUUGCAUCCCGCGUGUGGCUGACCUACAGGGAGGAGUUCCCUCCUCUGCCAGGCUCCAUCCUGACCUCCGACUGUGGCUGGGGCUGCAUGCUUAGGGCUGGACAGAUGAUGCUGGCUCAAGCACUUACUCUGCACUUCUUGGGCCGAGACUGGACCUGGUCAGAGGCGCUGAAGCUCCAGCCUUUAGACACUGAGACGUGGACUACCACUGCAGCCAAGCGUCUGGUGGCCUCCUUGGAGGCUUCUCUGCAGGGCUCCCACAGUCCCUCUGAUCCUGAAUCCCCACCCAUACCUCAAGCCCAGGCCCCAGGAUCUGCAGAGGAGGCAGAUGCCCACUUGAAAGAGAUGUACCACCGUACUCUGGUGUCGUGGUUUGGGGACUGCCCCUCAGCUCAGCUGGGCCUCCACAGGCUCAUCCAUUUAGGCCUGACAAUGGGGAAACAGGCAGGGGACUGGUAUGGACCUGCUGUAGUGGCACACAUCCUCAAGAAAGCUGUUGAGAAGGCGAUGGACCCUGGCUUGGCGGGUAUAACUGCUUAUGUCUCACAGGACUGCACAGUGUACAGUGCUGAUGUCAUCGAUAGCCACAGGGCACCAAGAGUGGGGCGGACCUCUGCUGAGGGAUCAGAUGCCCCUCCUUCCCCACAGAACAACCAACCAGCGUCUGCCUCCACCGUGCCAGACAGUCGAGCUGUCAUCAUCCUCAUCCCUGUGCGGCUGGGAGGGGAGAAAACCAACCCCGACUACUUUAACUUUGCAAAGAGCAUACUGAGUCUGGAUUACUGCAUAGGCAUCAUUGGAGGGAAGCCCAAACAGGCCUGCUACUUUGUAGGAUUUCAAGAUGACAGCUUGAUUUACAUGGACCCUCAUUACUGUCAGUCUUUUGUGGAUGUCAGCACCAGCGAUUUCCCUCUCCAGUCAUAUCAUUGCCCCUCACCGAAGAAGAUGCCUUUCAGCAAGAUGGACCCAAGCUGCACCAUAGGUUUCUAUUCCAGAAGUGUCCAAGACUAUGAGAGAAUCAGCCAAGAGCUGUCAAAGGUGCUGCAGCCAUCAGCGAAGGAGAAAUACCCAGCGUUCACUUUCGUGCAAGGUCACGGCAGAGAUUACGACCUGUCGGCAAGCCUGACCCCAGAGAAGAGAGAAUGGCCCUUCAUACGUGACCCGAGGAGGACAGUCGCCACUGUCGGGGACUUUGUGCUGCUUUGAUAGCACUGAUUAUGAUUAUUGACAGGGAACUUCCUCUUUUAAAAUGUUGAAACAGCUUGGUAUCCAAAGCCUAUUGUUGUCAGUUGUGACACUGAAGGUUAUGGAACUUUACAAAGCUACAGUAAUUCAGUUUAUACAUCCUGGAAACUUUGUUGCUGAGCAAUUUUAGCCAAAACUGUUACUAACUUGUGGACUUAUAUUUGGUGCCUGGCAAUGUGAGCUUGCUGAACCUUUUGUCAGAAAGUCUUAAGACAUUUUUUUGUGCUCUGCUGAAUUUUAUGACGUAUUGUUUUUUUUUUUAAAUAUACUCACCUAGAGAAGAACAACAUCUAGACAAACAAUAGUCAUUUUGCACCAUUGUUUGUAACUUUUUAAACUUGAGACGAGCUGUUAACAGCCAUUAUAUCAACAUACCAUAUUUUGGAGGAUUUGGUGUAGGAUUUGCUUGCAAUAAGGACUAGGUCCAGUUCAGCACUCCCACACUGACCUGCUUUGUAAAUGUGUCACAGAGCAGGUAUAACUGUCCCAGAAAUCAGGAUUGGCCCAGUUUAAAAUCUUUUUUAAGCACAGGGCCACACCUACAGUAUUUAGACAGCCUCUUAAGUGUGGUAAGUAUUAGUAUAUAGCUGAAAGAAGUGCAGUAAAAAGCCUUAAUUUAUAUGGACCGAGGGCUCUCUUAUGAUAGACUGAACUAAGUAACUUUUCCAAACUCCUCUGCCAAGAAUAUUUCAUCAAAUAAGAUGAAUUUUUCACUCUUCUGAAACACCUCAACAACAGAAGCACAAGCUUUGAAGGACGCUCUCUUCAUAAUUCUGCCAACAUGUCUUUUUAUUCACGCUAGAGCUUUAAUCUUAGCAAUAAUAUAUGAUGCUGUCGUGUGAUGAUAUGAUUGUUUGCUUGCCUUAGUGGUAUUAAUUUUGGUUAGAGUUUGCCAAAUGGUUAAUGGACUCAUGUGCUACACCUCACUAAGCACUAUCUGUUAUAAAUUACCCUUUACAAUAAGAUGUUUUAGAUGUAAAAGUAUCUGCUGUAUAUGUCUAACACCCACGGAAAACAGCACCUGAAGUAAAAAACUUCCAGGGAGUUGCAAUAUACGGGUUGUUGAAUUGAGAUGGACUAACAAUAUAAAUCACACAAAGAAAUUGCAGAGAGAUACUAUAUUAACAGUCAAAAUCAAUAUUAUUUAUAUAUAUUUUGUGUAAUUUACAAUUUUGGUCAAUUAUUUCAAAGCAUUUUGGAAAGUUAUUUUUUCAUACAAAAGGAAUUUUUAACAUUUCAGGUUAUGUUUACCCUUUUUUUACCACUCUGCAGUGAGACUAAAUGAUCUUUUCUCUCUUUUUACAACACUUUUACUGUAAUUACACCUUAAUGAACUAGAAGUGAAGCAGUAUGCCAGAACACUUGACUACAAAAUUACAAAACUUGAUCAUGCACUUUGAUUUAUCGUUUAAAAACACUGAAGUUUUUCCGACUGUAGAACUUUUCUUAUAUGCUUUGCUGCAUUACAACACCUGCAUGUCUGUUUGCAUAAAUUAACUAAGAAAACUAAUCUCUGUAAUGUAAAAUGUUUUUUACAUUGCCGGGCAAAAAAAGUUGAAUAAAUUCACAAUAUUUGACUUUC